GGUUGUGCCAUAGCCUUGUGUCCCAGGCUAGGUGAGCAUGUAGGUCCCAGGAAAAGUGACGUUCCACUCAUACUGUCCCAUCUCCAACAGUUGCUCUCAAGAAACGUAAGGUAAAACCACAUUGAAUUCUUUAACCUACAAUGCUUAUAUUAUCAUCUAUCUUUAUUUUUCUGUUUAAAAAAAAAAAAAAAGCACUUGUAAGACUCACUGUUUAAGACUUAAUAUGUAACUCUGCAAAUACGUCUUUCAGCAGCUUUUUUUUUUUUCAGGGACUCAGACGCCAAAUUCCCUUCGUCCAUCUGAUCGGAUCCAAACUAUCCUCCUCUGUCACACCAACUCUUCAUAUCCUCUUUCACUACAUCCUUCUCUCUGGCUUUCAUCUUUUCCUCUUUCCUGAUCACCACUUUGGGUGAGAACUGGAAUAAUGUGGAAGGAAAGUUACUGUCGAUCCCUCCCUCCAUCCAUCAGCUCCCUCCUCCUGAUCCUGUAAUCAGCACCAAGGGACGAACGCAGCGCAGACGACGUAUUUAAAGAGGGACACGCCAAGCCGGGCUGAGUCGGCUGAGACGUUUCUCUCGGGACGUUGCAACAGAAUUGUCUAGAAAAUAUUUUUCUUCCUUCUUCUAGAUCAACAUGAGAGAGUGCAUCUCCAUCCAUGUGGGCCAGGCAGGCGUUCAGACUGGCAAUGCAUGCUGGGAGCUCUUCUGCUUAGAGCACGGCGUCGGUCCCGAUGGCGUUUUCCUGGAGGGCCCCGUAGCUCCAAAUUCCCGUGAAGAUCCGUUCAACACUUUCUUCAACACCGGCAGUUUUGGCCGUCACGUUCCCAGAGCGCUCUUCGUGGACCUGGAGCCCUCAGUAAUCGAUGAAGUGAGGGUCGGAAAGUACAGAGCGCUCUUCCACCCCGAGCAGCUGAUCUCCGGAAAGGAGGACGCAGCCAACAACUACGCUCGCGGCCAUUACACCGUCGGGAAAGAGCUCAUCGAUGCGGUCAUGGAGCGGGUUCGCAAAAUGACAGAUCAGUGCACGGGCCUGCAGGGCUUCCUUGUCUUUCACAGCAUCGGAGGCGGCACCGGCUCCGGCUUCACCUCCCUCCUGAUGGAGCGUCUCUCGUUGGACUACGGCAAGAAAUCCAAGUUGGAGUUCGCGGUCUACCCGGCUCCCCAGGUGUCCACUGCCGUGGUGGAGCCCUACAACGCCAUCCUGACCACACACACCACCCUGGAGCACUCCGACUGCGCCUUCAUGGUGGACAACGAGGCCAUCUACGACAUCUGCCGCCGCAACAUGAACAUCGAAACCCCCGGUUACGUCAACCUCAACAGGUUGAUCGGUCAGAUCGUGUCCUCGAUCACCGCCUCGCUUCGCUUCGACGGCGCCCUCAACGUUGACCUGACGGAGUUCCAGACCAACCUGGUGCCGUUUCCGCGCGUCCACUUCCCGCUGGUUACCUACUCGCCCAUCAUCUCAGCCGAGAAGGCCUACCACGAGCAGCUGACCGUGGCCGAGAUCACCGCCUCCUGCUUCGAACCGACCAAUCAGAUGGUCAAGUGUGAUCCUCGCCGCGGCAAGUACAUGGCGUGCUGCAUGCUGUAUCGGGGAGACGUUGUCCCGAAGGAUGUAAACGCUGCCAUCGCUAAUAUAAAGACCAGACGCUCCAUCCAGUUUGUAGACUGGUGCCCCACUGGCUUCAAGGUCGGUAUUAAUUACCAACCUCCCACUGCAGUGCCCGGCGGAGACCUGGCCAGCGUCCAGAGGGCCGUGUGCAUGCUGAGCAACACCACCGCCAUCGCUGAGGCCUGGGCCCGUCUGGACCACAAGUUCGACCUGAUGUACGCCAAGCGGGCGUUCGUCCACUGGUACGUGGGCGAAGGCAUGGAGGAGGGGGAGUUUGCCGAGGCCAGAGAGGACCUGGCCUGUUUGGAAAAGGAUUACGAGGAGCUGGGUCGAAUGAGCUCCGACUCUGAAGAUGAGGAUGAAGAAGUCUGAAAUUUAAUAUCCUGAUUUUUCAACAUGUUUUCCACGUUGGAGCUAAAAGGACACUGUUAUAAUGUUGUAAUGCUUUUAAUCCCUUGCCUAUUGUUUGAGAAGGCAACAAGUAAAAAACAAACUUGAAUUGUACUUUGAAAUGAAAAAAAUUUUACAUUUGUUUUGGCAUUUUUUUCCACUUAAAAUCCACCAUUGUACUGUAUGUCAAGACACUCUAUGGUUUUCCACAGAACGUAUUAAAACCCAAAAUACCGUUACACAUUA